GGCGGCGGGGUCCAGGGCGUCCCCGCGCGGUGGGCUGGCGUUAGCGCUGCAGGCGGCUCUGAGCGGUGUCGGUGGCUGCCGCCCUGACCUUCCCCCGGAGCAGAUGGAAUCGGCCCGCGGCUGCUAACAGGAGGGCGACCCCAGGAGCCCCGCAGCUGCCGCCGGUGGGGGAGGACGACCCGGGCUUAAGAGUGAGAUGGCGUUCAAUGAUUGCUUUAGUUUGAAGUACCCUGGCAACCCCCAGCCAGGGGACUUGAUUGAAGUGUUUCGUCCUGGCUAUCAGCACUGGGCGCUGUACUUGGGUGACGGUUAUGUUAUCAACAUGGCACCUAUAGAAGAUGGCAUUCCUGCAGCAUUUACAAGCGCCAAGUCUGUAUUCAGCAGAAAGGCCCUGGUGAAGAUGCAGCUCUUGAAGGAUGUUGCGGGAAAUGACACGUAUAGAAUAAACAAUAAAUAUGAUGAAACAUACCCCCCUCUCCCUGUGGAAGAAGUCAUACAACGGUCAGAGUUUGUUAUUGGCCAGGAGGUGGAGUAUGACAUAUUUGUCAACAACUGUGAGCAUUUUGUGACUUUGCUUCGCUAUGGAGAAGGAGUUUCAGAGCAGAUGCUGCACCUCCAGAAGAAUACCCAGGCUUGCUUGGGAGGGUGUGAGGCGGAGAGAAGAAAUGCAGGAGCGGCAUCUCCCAAAAUAAAGCAAUCUGAGCAGCUUGGUGAUAAGAAGCUCCCAGGAAUGGCUGUGUGGAUUUUUCAUUCAUUUCCUUGUUUCCAAGUCCCAGCGACCGAGAUGCGGGGAAGAAGAUGAUGCUCCAAAUGUGCAUCCCGAUGAAGGCCUGGUACUCACUAGCAUCAGAACUGAGUGCUGUGUACAUCACCCUGUCCUCAGACUAAUGAUCCGAAAAGCAGGCCAGGCUAGUGCACGAAUGCGCAGUGCGGAAACAAAAUUAUAAGGCUGUCGUCUUUAAUUCAGCUCCGAUUGGAAAACAUAGUGAAGAACUGAAGUGAAUGUUGCCCUCCUUGGUUAGUUGCUAUUGAUGAGGAAACUUGAAAGAAUGGGGCCCUGUCUGCACGGGUGGUUUGGGAAGCCAAGUCCUGGCCAAGCCACUACAGAUCGUUUUCAGAUGAGGAAAGUGUUAGUGAAUAGUCACAUGUGUUUCCAUGAAAAUGUAAUCUGUACUUUUUCUAUAUCUCAUCAUAAAGUUGCGCUUCUGUCAAAGGCUGUUAAGAAGGGUAAAGACCUUCCUGUUGUAGCAAAAUAAAAUUGCUUGUAUAUUUUAACACUAGUUCCAAGGACUUCUGGCUUGUAACCUUGAGAGAAUAUGAUCUAUUGUAAGAUUAUAUUUGUUAGAAUAUUUUUAUGAAACUUUUUUCAUUUAAAAUUAUCAGUUAUGUUUGACAUAAGGGUUUGAGUUUACUCACAAGCUGUAUGUCACUACAAGGUAACUAAUUCAGCUCUAAUUAACUCAGUUUAUGUAAAAGGACUUUGUAGCUACUCUUCAAAUUAAAGUUCCAGCAAUGUCAUAUAACCUCCUUGUAAAAUAUGUUUGCAAUAAAAAAAGGACUAUAAGAAAUUAGCUUUAAAACAUAAAA